AUGGACACACUACCAGAUGCCUUCCCCUCUUCUACACAGACCUCAUACGCUGGUCCAUUCCCGUCAGCGUCUCUGGGAGCCUCUUCACAAGGCCUCCCGGGUGUGAGUGAAACUCAGGAGAAUAUUCCACGAAUCAAAGUCCAUGACCCUCCCAAAUUCGAUCUGGAAUCUUACAUUGCGAACUAUGUCGGCCGGACCCGAUUCGAUCGUCUCUACCUCAUUGGAACCUCCUCCACAGCCCUCUCAACCGAAGCGCUGAAACUCGCAGUGGCCGAGGCCAAGUCUGGGAAGGAUGUUUCACAAUACGAAAAGGCAGUGCGUGCGCUGUCGGAAGUAGCACCGAAGGAGAAGGAUGCUUCUCUCGACGGAGCGUGGGUUCAUAAUGUACAACGGCAGGUCCAAGCUCAAUCCGAGCGAUUAGAGCAGGAGCUUCGGGGGUACAAGAACAAUCUGAUUAAAGAGAGCAUUCGGAUGGGCAACGAGGAUAUUGGAAACCACUAUUACGAGACUGGCGAUCUGCUCGGCGCUUCGAAAGCAUACACCCGCAUGCGAGACUAUUGCACAACACCGAACCAUAUCGCUUCCAUGCUGUUCAAGCUGAUUAACGUCUCCGUCGAGCGUGGAGAUUGGCUUGCCGUCCAGGCGAAUGUGCACCGCCUGCGCAACGCCCAGUCGAAACCCGAGGACCAGCUUAAGAACCAGCCCAAGAUGGCCGCUGCUAUGGGUCUUGCCCAGCUGCAUUCGGGUUCAUACCUGGAAGCUGCCAACAACUUCCUGUCGACUGAUGUCAGCCUGGCCGACACUUUCAACGAGAUCAUCACUCCCAAUGACGUCGCGGUAUAUGGCGGUUUAUGUGCUAUGGCAUCUAUGGACCGCGGAGAUCUACAGCGUCGCGUUCUAGAGAACAGCGCUUUCCGCAACUUCCUCGAGCUUGAACCCCACAUUCGACGUGCGAUUGCAUUCUUCUGCAAUUCCAAGUUCCGCCCUUGUCUGGACAUUCUGGAAGCUUAUCGCACCGAUUACCUUCUUGAUCUUCACCUUCAGCGCCACGUUGCUGAGCUCUACACGCUGAUCCGCACUAAGGCGAUCAAACAAUAUCUUGUGCCUUUCAGCCGUGUCACUCUGACUUCGAUGGCAACCAUCUUUGCGCCCGAGGUAAUCGGCGGCGAGGCACAGCCCACCAGUGUUUCAUCACCAUUUGUCCAAGAACUCAUCCAGUUGGUGAAGAAGGGCGUGCUGGAUGCCCGUAUCGACUUGGAGAAAGGAGUUCUAGUUUCGAACCAGACCGAUCUGAGGACAGAUGUUCAGGAUAAGACUCUGGAGAGCCUGCGCUCUUUUAACCAGGAGGCACAUAUGCGUAUCCUGCGUGCCGGCGUGCUUCAUGCCGGGCUGGAGGUGCGAGGUCCUGAAAGCGAGCGGCGGUCCCGUCAAAAUCAAGUACCCAAUAUGCGAGGAAUGGGCAUGGCGGAGCGGUUUACCCGGGGUGGAUUGCGCAGUUAA